AUUUUUUCAUACUCAUCACUCAUAUUUUCAUUGUCAAUGACGUGAUGCGUUUGUCGGUUCAAAACACAUUUGAUUUUCCACAAAGUGCAUGUUUUUCAAUCAGUAAUUUCCGCGAAACGGUGUCUCGGACGUUAUUUGUGUAAUUUUAAGUAGUGAUCGUUUUAAAAAUAUUUUUACAAAGCGUGCCCGUUUAGUUCAUUUUAAUCGAGAAUUUUAUUCUAUUAUUUAGACCGAGAAGAAGAUUUAAAGAAUCGAGGUAAAAAUAUCAGUCUCCAGUAAUCACCACGUUUCAUUGUCUAGAUCAACAAGUAUGAAAUGUACUCAGAUUCGAGAUAACUUUCAACAUGAGACUCCACAGAUGCAUUUUUUGGUCAAUUCUACAAAUUCUAACACCUUUGGUCCUGUCAUUGAAAAUUGAAUUGAACGAGCCACAAAGAAAUAGCGCGUAUAUUCAAGGAGAUUAUAUGAUAGGAGCUCUAUUUUCGGUCCAUGAGAAUCCACUUCUAGUAAAAAACGAUCACUACAACCCAUUAGCUUGCGGAGAUGUACUCGAAUAUCGAGGCAUACAGAGAGUAGAAGCAGCCUUAUUUGCAGUCGAAUCGAUAAAUAAGGAUCGUUCCUUAUUGCCAGGAAUCACACUGGGAAUAAAUAUAAAAGAUGACUGCGAAAGUGAAUCAAUUGCUGUACAUCAAGUAAUGGAUAUCCUACAAAAAUCUGACCAAUCAAAUAAUCCCAAGGAGACAAAUCUUCGAGCGAAUGUGAACUCUCAUACAAACGAAACGUCCCUUCUGCUGAGUAUUUUAGGACCAGGGACAUCCUCAUUAACAGCAACGGUUCAAAAUUAUAUGAAAGUAUUCAAAAUAUUUCAAAUCGGAUACGCAGCAACAUCCGAAGAAAUUAUGAACGCUUUGAAUUAUUACCAUUUCAUCAGCGUAGUACCAUCAGAUUACUAUCAAAGCUACGUCGUAGCCAAAAUAUUGAAAAAAAAUAAAUGGAAUUACGUUUCGGUUGCUUACAGCACUGGAACUUAUGGCAGAAUGGGGUUACAUUAUUUGGAAAAUUUCACUCUCCAAUUGGGUAUUUGUAUCGCUGCCAGAGAAGAACUUUUCAUCACAAAUUCCAUCGACGAUAAUAAUCAAGCUUUCAAGAACCUGGCUCGCGAUAAAGUCAAAGUAAUUGUAUGUUUUUGCGAAAAGUUCGCUGUGAGAAAUCUUCUACAAUCAAUCAGAAGUCUCGGCUUAGCUGGACAAUAUCUGAUCAUUGGAACAGAUGGUUGGUCUUCAAAUUACGAAGUAGUGAAGGGAUACGAAGAAGAAGCUGUGGGCAGUUUAUCAGUUGGUAUAAGAACAUACCCUUUACCAGAAUUCGACCAAUAUUAUACGAAGAAAAAUUUCCUCAAUAAUCAAAUAAAUCCUUGGUUCGAAGAAUUUUGGCAGCUGAAAUUCAAUUGCACUAUUAAGAAAGGGAACGAAAGUACAGAUAAAGCUCCAUGCUCAGAAAAUCAAAGCCUAAAACAGGAUUAUGUACCAGAUUCGAGCAUAUACCACAUAAUUGAAGCAAUUUAUGCAUUAGCUCGCACCUUACAUACGUACGCUUGCGAUAAUAAAACGGAUUGUUCAAAAUUGAAUUCGGUCAAUUCAUCUAUUCUAUUGACAGCAUUUCUCCAAUCAGGAUUAAAAUUUAACGGGCAACAUAUCAAUAUUACAGACUGGGGAACACCUAGAGUCACUAAUUAUAGCAUAUAUAAUUUUCAAAAAACACCCAACGGGACGUACCAUUACACAAAAGUAGGCCAAUACGACGACUAUGAAUACCAAUCACACCACUCUAGGCUUGAAUUACCAAAAUCAGGCGAUUUUCAAUUCAACAAAGCGUUACUACAAUUCCCCAGAGGUAACAAAACUGUAAUAUCGAGUUGUUCGGAACUUUGCCCACCUGGAUUUGUACAAAAAAAAGACAUCGGACAAGAACGUCAAUGCUGCUGGGCCUGUAUUUCUUGCGAGCUAGGAAAAUAUCAAGUAAAUGACACCCAUUGUGAUGACUGUUCCCAAGAUACGUGGCCAAAUGAGAAUCGAACUCAAUGCGAACCAGUUCCUUUACAACAUAUCGACUACGGUCGCCCAAAAGCGCAAAUUCUGAUGUCGAUGUCAACGCUGGGAUUAAUCUCAACACUGUGCACAGCAUUUGUAUUCGUUAAAAACAGUGAUACUCCAGUGGUGAAAUCAUCUACUAGAGAGCUAUGUUAUAUGAUACUGAUAGGAAUGAUCAUGGCUCAUUGUGUAACUUUUGCAGUGGUAGCCCAACCAACCGAAAUAACUUGCGCAAUUAGCAGGAUCACUCUACCAGUCAGCUUUUCCAUAAUUUAUGGAGCUUUACUGGUUAAAACCAAUCGUAUAGCUCGCCUGCUUAGCUUAUCAAAGAGGAAAUUUCCAAACUUGUAUCCCAGGUUUAUGACUUUAAAGGCUCAGAUCAUCAUGGUAUCGAUAUUAAUCGCAGCUGAAACAUUGAUCUCCGUCACAACUCUAUUCACAGAACCUCCGACACCGACCCAAAUCUAUAAAAUAAUCGAAAACGAGCGAAAAGGUUGGCUCAUUUGUCCCAACAACAAGGAAACCAUUUUGACAUCGUUUUCAUUGGUGGUAUUUCUAGUCAUAAUGUGCACUUUUUACGCCUUCAAGACGAGACACCUUCCGCAAUGUUUCAACGAAGCUAAAUACAUUGGGUUUUCUAUGUAUGCAACUUGUAUCACUUGGGUAGCCUUUGGAUGGAUUCAUUAUGAAAAUGUGAAUAAUUAUCAAGUGAUUACGUCGUGUGUCUGGGCGACGACAAAUGCGCUGAUUAUUUUACUAUUUUUAUUUCUACCCAAACUGUACAUAAUUUUGUAUACGCCGGAGCAAAAUGCCAGAAUAUAUUUUGCAACCACUAAAGGCAUAAGAUUCAUGAUUGGAAAAGAAGAUAGUCUUCGAAUAAGCAGUGCAAGGUCAACACUAGAGCAAAAUUCCAUUUUGAAACUGCCAGCAGAUAAAAGUACAUGUAAUUGCAAUGGUCAAUUAAGUAUAGGCAACUAAUAACUGAAGAGCACGGCCAUUUUGUUAAAUGUAUAGUGGACACAAGACCACAACUAUGAAUCUUGAUUAUUUCAAUGAAAUAUAUUUAUCAUUAAAUUGAACUGAGAAAGCUGUAAACAAUGCAGCAUUAAGAAGUUACUUAAGAGUAUAAGACACAUGCUCAUGUAGGUAAAUAAUUGUACAAAAUUAAUAAUAAGUACCCCAUGUAAACUAAUUAGAAAUUUAUAUGUAUGCAUAAUUAUUAUCUACCUACUUCUGAAAAACACUGCCACAAUAUUAUAUUGAAGUAAUUUAGAAAACAUUUUUAUAUAAUUG